UAGGGUUUCACAAAACAAAGUAAAAUAGAGGUUGAUGAAGAGAGGACGGAAAGAGAAGAGCCAUGAUACCUCAACAUCGUCGACACGACUUCGUCAGGGCGGAGAUAUCAAUCUCCCUCUCGAUCUAAUGGUGGAGAUACUAAAAAAAUUACCGGCGAAGUCUCUAAUACGGUUCCGAUGCGUGUCGAAGUUAUGGUCAUCAAUUAUCAGCAGAAGUAGAGACUUCAUAGACUCAAUGGUGACUCGGUCUUUGACUGAACCUCCACGUGAUGCACACAUCAUCGACGACUUCGCAGCAGGCAACUAUAAGAAAUGUUACUUAGCCUUUUCAUCUAGUACUUUCCCUCGAAAUACUAAUGAAGUAUCGGUACUAUUAAUGCCUGAAAGGAUGGAGCAGUAUAUUCGUGGCUUAAUUUUAUGUUGGUCAAUUUCUCGUAAUAAGGCAGCUAUAUAUAACCCUACCACAAGGCAGUGCUUUAACUUACCGGAUACGAAAAUCAAAGGCAUUGGAUCUUGCUUCUUCGGAUACGACCCUCUCGGGAAUCAAUACAAAGCAUUGUACAUACCGUUAAACUAUAUGGAGCAUGUUUGUCAAGUGUUUACACUAGGAGAUCCCACGGCUACGCAGUGGAGAUCAAUCCAAGGCGUUAAAUCGCACUUUCCAAUGGCAAGUGUUGUUUGCAUCAACGGAGUUAUCUAUUACCGAGCAAUUAAUGCAGAUGCUACUUCUGAGUAUAAGUUGAUGAGUUUUGAUGUUAGGUGGGAGAAAUUUUAUCAUGUCGAGGCUCCAAAAACAUUUAUGGAUCACCCUUCGAUUCUGAUAAACUACCAAGGGAAGUUAGGAUUCGUAUGCUGCGAGGAAGGCAUAGAAAUUUGGGUGAUGGAGAAUGCUAACAAGGAAACCACACAAGGGUGGUCUAUGAUUUUCUUUUACGAGAUGGAGGGUUUUAAAAGAUGGCGCAUCUUGGGUGCUACUCGUGGUAGUGAGAUCGUUUUUGUCCAGCCAGGGUACCUCUCUAGUGACAAGUUAUGGGUCUUAUAUUAUGAUCCAAAGCAAAACAGUAUGAGAUAUGUUGACCUCAAAGGUACUUAUCCCGAGGAAAAAAGGGGUUACACGUCUACUAUUAUCUGGAGUGCUUUGGAUUAUGUCGACAACACAAUGUGUUUGUAUCAGGCUAUUAGUUAAGAAAUUUUCGAUGUGAGCUUGUGGUUUUUCUUCAUCUUUAGGAUAAAGAUACAAUAUAUAACCUAUAAAGAAGAUUUUGUUGUGGUUUUCAUAUGAUACUAGGUGAUACUAUUGAUCAAAAGAGAUUAUAAUUUUAAAAUUAUAUUGUUUAAUUUACU